GGGGUUAGAGAGAGAUUAAGCACAUGCAGAGGACGCUAAAGCUGCUGCGUAAUCCUUACAGUGGAUACAAAACAAGAGCCGCAACAAGUCACACAUUUUGGACAGCGUGCUUGCUGUGACAAAGGGAGGACGACAACGGAGAUCAGCAUCUUCUGAUAUUUGGAUUGUUUUGGCGUUUUUUUCUAACAUCAUCAUCGUCACAAAGGGAAACCAUGAAAAAGGGAAAGGUCAACAUUCACAAUGAACCACCAACUUAUCAGGAAGCAACUGCAGGCUAUGAGGAGAUGCAGGCCCAGUUUUCCUGGGAUGACCAGACCAUCAGACAGACUUUCAUCCGGAAGGUCUAUGCCAUUCUCAUGGUGCAGCUGUUUGUGACGGUGGCCAUCGUCGCUCUCUUCACAUUUUGCGCUCCUGUACGCUUCUUCAUUCAGACUCACCCCGGCUUGUACAUGGCGUCUUAUCUCACUUUCUUCGCCACCUACAUCGCUUUGUCCUGCUGUGGAGACCUGAGGAGACAGGUUCCAUGGAACAUCAUGUUGUUGGUUGUCUUUACUCUGAGCAUGGCCUUCAUGAUGGGAUUUGUGUCGAGCUUUUACAACACCAAGUCUGUGGUUUUGUGUUUGGGAAUCACAGCCCUGGUGUGCUUCUGUGUCACAGUCUUCAGCUUCCAGAGCAAGGUUGACAUCACUUCCUGUCAGGGCGUCCUGUUCUCCCUGUGUAUCGUCAUGUUGCUGUGCGCCAUCACCCUGUCCAUCGUUGUGCCCUUUGGAUACAUCCCUUGGUUGCAUGCUAUUUACGCCGUUUUAGGAGCCAUCCUCUUCACUCUGUUCCUGGCGUUCGACACUCAAAUGCUGCUGGGGAACAAACGCUAUAGCAUCAGCCCAGAAGAGUACGUCUUUGCCACGCUCAGCAUCUACCUGGACAUCAUCUACCUGUUUAGCUUCCUUCUGCAGAUCAUGGGAGGAGGACACGACUGAAGCCUCGCAUGCAAGCUGGGCAUGAGAACUCUUCAUUUAUUGACUUCUCAUCCGUUUCGACCUUUAGAAGUGUUAGCCGUGUGUGUGUAUGCUUGUGUGUGUGUAUGUGUGUUACUACGUGCUAACAUAGUGUGCUGGUGUGAUACAUGAAGUGUGUAACUCGUGGUUAUUUUAGGGCUUUAUACACGCAAUUUGACCACGCGCAGAAGAAACCGUUCUUAAGAGUCUUCACUGGUGUGAAUGAAGCAGAUGUCCAAUAAGUGAGUUUAAAUGAAAUGAUAUACAGUCAAAUUUGUCUACAGCGGCCACUAGAGGGAGUCUGCAAAAGUGGCCGCUAUAGACAGGUGGCCUCUAUAAACAGGUUGGCGUCCAGUUUGAAUGUUGACCAGUAGAGGAAAAAAGGGAAAAAAAAAAUAAUAAUAAUAAUGUUGACCACUAUAUGGCACUGCGGACUGCUGAUAAAAGUUGUACAGCACUACGAGGCUUGUUAUUAUCAUGGUUCAUGGUUUUAAUCCUGAACAUGCAUGAGUCAAAAAGUAGCACAUCAUAUAGUACAAUUCACAAUUUUGCAUGUCCAAAAAGGAGUAGGAAGAAGCAAAGCUUAUUUAAUCCUACCCCUCAUCAGUUUCACAUCAGUUGCAAUACAUUUAUUCACCUCUUGUUCUUCCAAGUGUACUUUGUAGGUCUACAUGACAAUGUAGUGCAAUCAUAGCCAAGGUUUUUACUUACUAAAAGGAAGCUAGAGGCUUAAUAAUAACUGAUAACUGAUAAAAUACUUAAGUACAACCGAACUCAGUUUUGCUCCCGCAUGCAUGCUAGCAUGUUUUUUUUUUUUUUUUAUUGUAGCGUCGCUGGGAGCACGUCCUGUUCCCAGCCUACUUUGCGGUAAUGUUUUGGUGCAAAUUCUCUUAAAGUUACAUGUUUGACCAGGAAAUAGCAAGCUCAAAAGAAGACGGCUUUUUUAUGUGGAACAACUGACAGUUUGUGUGGAUCUUGUGAAUGAUUGUGACUGAGCUAGGACUCAGUAAUUAAAAUCUACACAUGACGCCUUCA